AUGCAGAGACUCUGCAGGCCUGACUGUUCCCACACGCUGCUGCGUUCCCUCCUGCUGCUGCGUUCCCUCCUGCUGCUGCGUUCCCUCAUGCUGCUGCCUUCCCUCAUGCUGCUGCGUUCCCUCCUGCUGCGUUCCCUCAUGCUGCUGCGUUCCCUCAUGCUGCUGCGUUCCCUCCUGCUGCGUUCCCUCAUGCUGCUGCCUUCCCUCAUGCUGCUGCGUUCCCUCCUGGUGCUGCAUUCCCUCCUCUGCUACGUUCCCUCCUGCUGCUGCGUUCCCUCAUGCUGCUGCCUUCCCUCAUGCUGCUGCGUUCCCUCCUGCUGCGUUCCCUCAUGCUGCUGCGUUCCCUCCUGCUGCGUUCCCUCAUGCUGCUGCGUUCCCUCAUGCUGCUGCCUUCCCUCAUGCUGCUGCGUUCCCUCCUGGUGCUGCAUUCCCUCCUGCUGCUGCGUUCCCUCCUGCUGCUGCGUUCCCUCAUGCUGCUGCCUUCCCUCAUGCUGCUGCGUUCCCUCCUGCUGCGUUCCCUCCUGCUGCUGCGUUCCCUCCUGCUGCGUUCCCUCAUGCUGCUGCGUUCCCUCCUGCUGCGUUCCCUCCUGCUGCUGCGUUCCCUCAUGCUGCGUUCCCUCAUGCUGCUGCGUUCCCUCAUGCUGCUGCGUUCCCUCCUGCUGCGUUCCCUCAUGCUGCUGCGUUCCCUCCUGCUGCGUUCCCUCAUGCUGCUGCGUUCCCUCAUGCUGCUGCGUUCCCUCCUGCUGCGUUCCCUCCUCAAAAGGUUUCAGAAAUGAGGCUGUGAAGCUGCAUGAAUAUUAA